AUGUACCCCAGUGGGAAUAAGCGGUCUACCAGCUCUGUCCCUGAGGAGCUCCAGCGCGAAGGGGAAUCUCCGCCCACAGCGGUCUCCCCAGGGGCUCAGCCAGAGUCGAGCGGGCCAGCGCCGUCGCAGAUCUUUGGCGUUCGCAACGAGGCGGGCUACUGGGUCAAGGCCGAUCCCGGCAACCCGAACGGCCUCCGCCUGAAGGAGGAACUCCAGGCCGCCAAUGUGACUACGGUGCCAGCCAUCGUGGAGCACGCCGCUAAAAAACUCGGCAACAAACCAUGCUUGGGCACACGGCAGCUCCUGGCACGAAAGCGCUUCGUGGCUGAUGGCAAGGAAAUGGAAAAACUACACCUUGGAGAGUAUUCGUUCCUCACAUAUCGUGAGGUGCAAGACAUGGUGGUUAGUUUCAGCCAGGGCCUCGCCAAGAUUGGCACGGGAAUCGAAGAGAUCGUGGCGUCGCUUCGUGAGACUGAAGUUAGUGUGAUCAUAACGUCGCACGAUCUUCUCGGACGCACGGCGGAGGUUAUCCGUAAGUGUCCUGCGAUCACACACGUGAUCGUGUUCGAAGAUCAGCUGGAAGGUGUGGGUACAGUGCCCGAGGGUCUCAUGGAAGUGGUCGUGAUCCCUUACAAGGAGGUGGUGGAGACCGGGAAGUACUUGAACGCCCCUUUGCGCCAGCCGACUGGCAGCGACGUGGCCAUCAUCAUGUACACAAGUGGUUCGAUGAACCGUCCGAAGGGCACAGAGCUAACACACGAUAAUAUAGUUAGCUCGAUCAUCGCGUUGGCCUUUCAGGUAGAUCUCCGCUCCGACGAUCGCUUCCUGGCCUUCCUUCCCCUGGCCCACGUCAUGGAAUUCACCACAGAGAUCGCUCUUGUGAGCCUGAACAUCGUGAUCAUGUACGGGUCGCCGAUGACCUUGACCAGCAACGGCCCCAAAAUCAUGGAGGGCACGCUGGGCGACGCACAGGUGGCCAAGCCCACGUGCAUAAAUGCGGCGCCGCUCAUCCUCGACAGAAUCGUCGAGCGCGUCACUCAGGCUGUGGAGGAGAAUUACUUUCUUAAUAACCAAAUUUCUGAGAAAGCUCUGACACUCGAGCAAAUGAUUCUCGAUGUUUAG